CAACACUCGUCCACAGACGCAAUACAGUAAAAUGUUGCUCUGAAAACUGGGAAUAUCUCCCUAAUUCUCGCCAAUAUUCGGCCUUAUCUUUCACCUCUAGACAUCCUCAAUACAUGAAUGUGAUAUAAGGAUUGUAAGAUGCCUCGCAAGGGAGGUUUUGGUUGUUUUGGAUCGCGAUCAGAUCAUCCUGAGAUUCGCUAUGGGAUCAGCGAUGGCUCUGGAGUUCAAGUUCUUCGUGAAUUUUCCCUACCAAUGCCGGAAGAAAGCGAGCUUAAUAUCAAGUUUGCCGAGCUUGUGGAAGAGCUUGACCUUACGGCUGUUCACAAAAAGGCCAUGUUUGAACUCCCUCCAGAGAAAAAAUGGCAACUCUACCUCUCCAAAAAGAAGGAACAACAAGAACAUAGCUCGACCAGUUACCCAGAAUACUACAUAGACCAGCUUAAUGCAUUAAACAAUCAAAAGUUAUAUUUUUCUAAGAGCAAUGAAGARAGUGAAAGAGCAUCACUUCUUGAUGGACUCAAAACGGCACUGAGAACGCAACCCCUAAGGUUUGUUCAUAGAUUUGUUGAACUGGAUGGUCUUUCCUGUUUAUUGGGUCUUUUAGAAAGCAUGGAUUUUCAUACAUGUCAAAGCAAGAUUCAUACUGCAGUGAUUGGGUGUUUCAAAGCCCUGAUGAACAGCUCUCAUGGUAGAGCUCAUGUUCUUGCCCAUCCGUCAUGCAUUAAUAUCAUUGCACAAAGUUUAAUGACUGAAAAUGUGAAGACCAAGAUUCAAGUGCUUGAAAUUCUUGGUGCUGUCUGCCUCGUUCCUGGUGGACACAAGAAAGCAUUAGAUGCUAUGACACACUUCCAGAGAUUUGCGGAGGAGAGAACGAGGUUUCAGAUUUUAUUAAAUGACCUUGACCGAAGCACUGGAAUAUAUGAACAUUCAGUUGCUCGUCAUAUGUGGCAGUUGAUUGACAGGGCCAUACAACAGGUCGUACUUCAGCAGGAAGAUGGUGGUGACCCCGAUGUUGCACCUAUGGAUAUUAAUGUCAAUUAUAUUAUAGACUCGUUAAUACAAGAGAAUGAAGGAGGAGUUGAGGACCUCAAAUCAAAACUAAGCAAAAAGGAAAGAGAACUUGAAAGCAAGAAAGAAGAAAUGGAUGAAGUUAAAGAAGCUCUGGAUAAAAUGGUAGUGAAAUUAGAAAGAAAUAAUCAAGAACUACAAGAAGCAAUGCAGCGCAUACGAGAACAAGACCAGAAACUUUCUGAUUUUGACAAUGAAGUAAGCGAAAGGAAACGACUUGAAGAAGUAAUCAAAAGUGUGGGUGGUUCAAUUCCUGAUGACCUUAAAAUCUCCAAACUAGCAAAUGCACUCAAACCUUCUCCAAUGUCUGGAACUGCGCCACCACCACCGCCACCUCCACCACCACCCCCAGGGGGUGCUGCCCCUCCCCCACCUCCACCACCAGGACCCCCUGGGGGAGGCUUUGCACCGCCACCUCCUGCACCAAAUCAAGCAAACACUCCGGGAGGAGGAUUCUUUGGUUUCAGUAGACAACCCAACAGAAAAGCACCAAAACCAUCUCAUCCACUCAAAUCAUUCAACUGGUCUAAAUUACCUGAC